CCAGCGCGCAGGCGCGCACCUCAUGCUCCGUGCGGUGUCUCGCGCCGUGGCUCGCGCCGCGGUUCGCUGCGCUCGUAGCCGCGGGUCCCCGCAGGCCCGCAGCGUCAGCGCCGCCGCCGCCAUGUCCCGGCCGCCGCGGCCCGCCUCGGGCUCCCCGGCCCGGCCGGCCACCGUGCUGGGCACCAUGGAGAUGGGGCGCCGCAUGGACGCGCCCGCCAGCGCCGCGGCUGUGCGCGCCUUCCUGGAGCGCGGCCACACGGAGCUGGACACGGCCUUCAUGUACAGCGACGGCCAGUCCGAGAGCAUCCUGGGCGGCCUGGGGCUCGGGCUGGGCGGCGGCGACUGCAAAGUGAAAAUUGCCACUAAGGCCAAUCCCUGGGAUGGGCAGUCCCUGAAGCCUGACAGUCUCCGGUCCCAGCUGGAGACAUCACUGAAGCGACUGCAGUGCUCCCAGGUGGACCUCUUCUACCUGCAUGCGCCUGACCAUGGCACUCCCGUGGAAGAAACGCUGCGUGCCUGCCACCAGCUUCACCAGGAGGGCAAGUUUGUGGAGCUUGGCCUCUCCAACUACGCAGCCUGGGAGGUGGCUGAGAUCUGUGCCCUCUGCAAGAGCAACGGCUGGAUCCUUCCCACUGUGUACCAGGGCAUGUACAACGCCACCACCCGGCAGGUGGAAACGGAGCUCUUCCCCUGCCUCAGGCACUUUGGACUGAGGUUCUACGCCUACAACCCUUUGGCAGGGGGCCUGCUGACCGGCAAGUACCAGUAUGAAGACAAGGACGGGAAACAGCCUGUGGGCCGCUUCUUCGGAAACAGCUGGUCUGAGAUCUACAGGAACCGCUUCUGGAAGGAGCACCACUUCAAGGCCAUUGCCCUGGUGGAGAAGGCCCUGCAGGCUGCAUAUGGCACCAGUGCCCCCAGCAUGACUUCAGCUGCCUUGCAAUGGAUGUACCACCACUCACAGCUCCAGGGUGCCCACAGGGAUGCGGUCAUCCUGGGCAUGUCCAGCCUGGAGCAGCUGGAACAGAACCUGGCAGCGACCGAGGAAGGGCCCCUGGAGCCAGCUGUUGUGCAGGCCUUUGAUCAAGCCUGGCACCUGGUUGCCCAUGAAUGUCCCAACUACUUCCGUUAGGCCUCACCCUGACGAGGUGGCAGAGGGCCCUUCCGUUCUCUCACCCUGGCCUUAAGCUGCUUUAUUUAGCCUGUUCUUCCUCAUCACCUGUUCACAAAUGUGUCCUAUAUUCUUGGAAUACUCCCAGUUGCCUUCACCAAGUGUAAAGGCUGGUGCUGAGUUGCUCCAGCAUUUCCUAUCUGAAUAAAGCAGGCACUGGGGUAGCCCAGGCCCUGAGCACA